AAUUACAUGUUUAAACCUAUUGAAAUUUUAUCUUACAUUUUUCAUAUUUAUAUUGACAAAAAUUAUAUCGCGAUAAUUAUCGUUAUCGUUUUGUCGCGCAGGCCUAGGUGCAGCAAAGCACCUGUUUAUUUACUCUUUACUGUAUGUGUGUUCUCCUCACAGGCUGGAACAUCUCCUCAUGCCUUCCCUCUCAGUACCACUAUGUAGCUGAGCCUAUGACUUGGACUGAAGCUCAGACCUACUGCAGAGAGACGUACACAGACCUUGCCACUGUUGAAAACAUUGAAGAAAUGGAUCAACUUCUCCCCACAGUUCCAUCUCUGCUUGAUAAACAUUUUGUCUGGAUCGGCCUGUACAGUAAAAUCGAGUGGAAAUGGUCAGACGGCUACACAGAGAGUGGGGCUGAUUAUAGGAACUGGCACCCUGCAGAACCCAACUUUGUCGGAGGUCAAUUCUGUGUUCUAAUGCUCAAUAGUGGAACAUUGUUCGAUUACUUCUGCUCUGACAGACGUACUUUUAUGUGUUACACAGGGACACAACAGGAUCCUGAGUUUGUCUUUGUCAAUGAAAGCAUGUCUUGGUCCGAUGCUCAGAAGCACUGCAGGGAGAACUUCAUAGACCUGGCCACUGUGAGGAACUUCAAUGACACCAAGAAGAUCCUGAGCAGGGUGCAAAAAGGAGACUUGGUAUGGAUUGGUUUAUACAGAGAUCCUGACAUUAACUGGUCUAAUGGGAGUCCCUCCACAUACACAUACUGGAAAGGCAUUCGAACUCCAUUAGGCUCCAUGAGCGUGGUUUGUGGAGCUGCGGAGAUGCCAACAUCAGGAAAAUGGAUUUUGUCUGACUGCGAAACUAAACUCCCGUUCGUUUGCUACAGCCCUCCAUCAACACAGCAGGUGAUAAAGCUCAGGAUGAAGCCAGAGGACUCCACUGUGGAUCUGAAUGACCCUGCUGUGAAAGCAGACAUACUGAAAAAGGUGAGUCUCCAAACUUUUUUUAGUAAACUUGAAUUGCUUGACCAAGUGAGUGAUGGGGGAAUUUCUGUCUUCAUUUGUGUGUUUGUUUGUUUGACUGUGUUUCUAUCCUGUUAGCCUGCCAGGUGAAACU